UUGCAGAGCUCUAAACAGCCUGUCAGCAAAAUUUUCGAGCAGUGCUGAGAAGAACAGCAAGACUAGCAUUGCCUCCAGGAAUAAUGCCCACUGUAGAUGACGUUCUAGAGCACAUUGGGGAAUUUAACUUAUUCCAGAAACAAACCUUUCUUAUUUUGUCCCUGAUUUCGGCCUCCUUUACCCCCAUCUAUGUGGGGAUUGUUUUCCUGGGCUUCACCCCGGAUCACCGCUGCCUGAACCCUGGGGUUUCAGAGCUAAGCAAACGAUGUGGCUGGAGUUUGGAAGAGGAGCUGAAUUAUACAAUGCCAGGCCUGGGGUUACCAGGAGAUGCUUUUAUCAGCCAGUGCCGGAGAUACGAUGUGGACUGGAACCAAACAGCCCUCGGCUGCACAGACCCUUUUGCCAAUUUUACCAGCAAUAGAAGCCACAUCUCUCUUACCACCUGUCAGGAUGGCUGGGUGUACGACACUCCAGGCUCCUCCAUUGUCACUGAGUUUAACCUGGUGUGUACCAAUUCUUGGAAACUGGACCUGUUUCAAUCAGUUUUGAAUAUCGGAUUUUUUAUUGGCUCUGUGAGCAUCGGUUACAUAGCAGACAGGUUUGGUCGUAAGCUGAGCCUUUUAAUUACAAUUCUCAUAACUGCUGUUUCGGGAGUACUCAUGGCCCUUUCUCCAAGCUACACCUGGAUAUUAAUCUUCCGAUUUAUCCAAGGACUGGUCAGCAAGUCUGAGUGGUUAAUAGGCUACAUCCUGCUGACUGAAUUUGUCGGCAUGAAGUACCGGAGGACUGUGGGAAUUUGUUACCAAAUGGCUUUCACCGUGGGCCUUCUGAUUCUGGCAGGGAUUGCUUAUGCUCUGCCUUCUUGGAGAUGGCUGCAGCUCACGGUUUCCCUGCCCAACUUCUGCUUCUUACUCUACUAUUGGUGCCUUCCAGAAUCUCCCAGGUGGUUGAUCUCUCAAAACAAAAAUGCAAAGGCCAUGAAAAUUAUUAAGCACAUUGCAAGGAAAAAUCAGAAAUCUCUGCCAACCUCUCUUCAGAGCCUUAAACCUGAUGAGGAAGCCAGUGCGAAGAUGAAUCCUUCCUUUAUUGACUUGGUCAGAACGCCUCAGAUAAGGAAGCAUACUCUCAUCUUGAUGUACAACUGGUUCACAAGUGCUGUGCUUUAUCAGGGCCUCAUCAUGCACAUAGGACUUGCAGGUGGGAAUGUCCAUUUGGAUUUCUUCUAUUCUGCUCUGGCUGAGUUCCCAGCUGCUCUCCUCAUUAUCUUCACCAUUGAUCGCAUUGGCCGCCGCUACCCUUGGGCUGCAUCAAAUAUGGUGGCUGGGGCAGCCUGUCUCAUCUUAGCUUUUCUUCCCCAUGAUCUAAUGUGGCUAAAAAUUACAGUUGCAUGCCUUGGUAGAUUGGGGAUCACGAUGGCCUAUGAGAUGGUUUGCCUGGUCAACACUGAAUUGUAUCCCACAUUCAUCAGGAAUCUUGGUGUAAUGGUCUGCUCUUCAAUGUGUGAUAUUGGUGGAGUGGUAACACCAUUCCUCGUCUACAGGUUGACUGAUCUCUGGCGUGAACUCCCCCUCCUGGUUUUUGCUAUGAUUGGCUUAAUCGCUGGGGUGUUGGUAUUGAUGCUACCUGAGACCAAAGGGAAGACCUUACCUGAGAGCAUUGAAGAAGUUGAAAAUAUGCAGAGACAAAGAAAAACUAAAGAGAAAAUCAUUUACCUCCAGGUCCAGAAACCAGAAGUUUCACUUAAUUAAGAAGAAAGGAAAUCACCCCCAGUUAUGACCUGCUUUCCAUGACCCAAAGCCUGGAAACAGAAUUAUUCACCCAACACAAACCCCAUGCAAUCUUACUUCCCUUUAUACCUCCUAAUCUUAGAUCUAUAUCCUAAUAGAAUUUGUAAUGCUAUUGACCCAGAGGACCAAAGACUUAGGGUGCACAUGCU